ACCAUAGUCUCUCCAGGCCAGCUCAAACAAGCUUCCCAUUGAAAGAUGAGUCGAGGCGGGAGCGCGGCAGCGGGCGCCGGCGCCAAGGGGAAGAAGAAGGGGGCGACCUUCACCUUCGACUGCUCGAAGCCAGUGGAGGACAAGAUCAUGGACAUUGCCUCUCUCGAGAAGUUCCUUCAGGAGCGGAUCAAGGUCGGCGGCAAAGCCGGCGCUCUCGGCAAUUCCGUCACGGUUACUCGUGACAAGAGCAAAAUCACCGUCACCUCCGACUCUAAUUUCUCCAAGCGGUAUCUGAAGUACUUGACUAAAAAAUACCUGAAGAAACAUAAUGUACGAGAUUGGCUCCGGGUCAUAGCUUCAAACAAUGAUCGAAACGUCUAUGAACUUAGGUACUUCAACAUUGCUGAGAACGAGGGCGAGGAUGAAGAUUGAUGAUAAAUCAGUCUGCCUUUUUUAGAGCAUUCUUGUGUCAAUAUUACCCACUUCUUUCGUCUUUAGUUUUCUCUUUACACAAUUUUGUUUAUAAACAUUGUCUCUGAGUGAGAGCACUUGACUUGGGUAUUCCAGAAUUUGUCUUCAAUUUCUUUGUGAUGUGGAGUUGAAUUAGUCUGAGUAUUUAUAUGGGUUUUACAUUGAA